AAAUGUAUGUUCUUUACAUCUCCCAUCUUCAACUCAAAUUCAACAUUAGUUCGGCCCGGGCCGUCCCGAUUUGAUCCGAUUCAAUUGCUUACGGAGAGAUUCUGUUCGUUGUGUCGAACACAACUGAAGUAGUGAAGUGAUGAUGCGUUGGUCCCCUUUUCUAGGAAUUCCGAUUUUCUUGGCGUUGCUCUCUUUCUUUCUCUUCAAUUUCCCCUCAUCCAAAUUCCCCACCAAUCAUCCUCUGCCCAGGUUAUUCACUGCGGAGGAACUAGCUCUUUACAAUGGAACUGAUCCGCAGUUGCCGAUUCUUCUUGGAAUUCUGGGGUCGGUUUUUGAUGUAAGUAAAGGUAAAAGUCAUUAUGGUGCUGGAGGAGGCUACAACCAUUUCUCAGGAAGGGAUGCCUCCCGAGCAUUUGUCUCAGGAAAUUUCACUGGAGAUGGACUUACAGAUAACUUGCAUGGUUUGUCCAGCACUGAGGUGAAAAGCAUCGUUGAAUGGCGAGAUUUCUACUCCAGGACAUACAUAUUUGUGGGUAAGUUAGUUGGUCGUUAUUAUGAUGCUGAAGGAAACCCCACAAAAUAUUUGAAAGGGGUUGAAGUAAAGGCGGCCAGAGGUGCUCAGCUGCUCGAGAAGCAGAAGAAAGAAGAAGCUAAAGUAGUCAGCUGUAAUUCAAGGUGGAGUCAGGAAGAGGGAUCUGAGGUAUGGUGUGACGAAGGUUAUCCUAGGCUAGUUCAGAGGCCCGUAGAAAUAGCUAUCACGGGGAAAAUGAGCAAGCGCUGCGCUUGCUUCAAAGAAGACGAACUGGGCCAGGCGGGCUUAGAAGUCUAUGACGGAUGUGAUUACUUAGCCAAGACAUGUCGUUUAUAGUACAGGUACCGAGUCUAUACUACUCUACAUAAUGUUGUGAAUGUUUUGAAGUUUUGUCGGCAUAAUAUUAAUCUCUCUUGCACAAGGAUGAAGUUGGCGAAUAUGUAGCUAGGUUUAUCCUCCGGGCAGCCCUCGGUGCUGCUUCGUGCAGCCUCAUUCAGAACAAGUAGGGUUAUUUUCCUCUUGUAAUUUUUCUUUUUUCAUUCAUUGAAGAUAUGUGUUGGAGUUGCAUAUUGGCUGAUACAAUUUAUCUAUACAAAUCUGAAAUCCUUGCA